AUGUUCUAUCGUCGUGUUAGUUUAUGGUCAAUUAAACGUGGUCCUAUGGGUGUAUUUACUCCUGAAGAUAUUUGCAAUAUGGAUGAAUCUCCAUUAGCACUUUUUGGUGAUCAAGCUAAAAAGUCUUUUAAUGAUAUUGGUACAAGUAAUGAAAUAAAUGGAUGGAUCAGCAACAAGAGAGCUGAAACAUUUAUUACAUAUAUAUCUAAUUAA